AUGUCUACGAAGAAAUACACGGAAAGAGCACAAAGUGCUUUGAAGGCAUGCCUGAACGAGGCCAUUGCAAACAGCAACAAUGUUGUCGAGCCGGAGCAUCUCUUGAAGGUUAUCUUGAAUGACCAAACAUCGGUGUUGUACUCUGUGCUAAGCUUGGAUGAGAGGGAGGAUAUCAAGAACAAGCUCAUAAGAAGGAUAGGGGGGUUUGCAAAGCAGUACAACUGCACGGAGCCGCGGAUCGGAGAGGCGCUUGCAAGGGUUAUAAUGAGUGCUGAGAGUGGGAGAGACAGCUAUGUCUCUGUGAAUGCAUUGGUGCUGCAACUUCUUACUGUUCAGAGCAUCAAGGAGCUGAUAUCGAAUUCUGAAGACAUAAAGAAAAGGGUUGAGGAGCAGUCGAGGAACAAGAAGUUUGACUCCCGAAACUCCGACGAUGCAACGGAUGUGAUGUCGAGAUUUGCUGUUGACAUGGUUGAGCAGGCAAGGCGGAAUGUCUUUGACCCUGUUAUUGGGAGAGACGAGGAGAUACGGCAGGUGAUUGAGAUACUGUCUAAGAAGACAAAGAGUAAUGCAAUAUUGGUUGGAAAGCCGGGUGUUGGGAAGACGGCGAUAGUGAAUGGGAUUGCACAGCUGGUAGCAAAUGGAGAGGUUCCUACGCUUCGAAAUGCAAAGAUAUACAAUGUGGAUGUUGGAUCUAUGGUUGCAGGGACGGCCCACAGAGGAGACUUUGAAGAAAGGCUGAAGAGCCUAGUCAAGGAGGCUGAAACGACUCCUGGGGUUAUUUUGUUUAUCGAUGAGAUCCACAUUGUUCUUGGUGCUGGAAAGACCGAUGGGGCGAUGGAUGCGGCAAAUAUGCUGAAGCCUGGACUUGCUGCCGGGACUAUCAAGUGCAUUGGGGCAACAACGCAUGAUGAGUAUAGGAAGUAUGUUGAGAAGGAUCCCGCAUUUGAAAGGAGGUUUGUCCAGGUUGUUGUGAACGAACCGUCUAUUGAAGACUCGAUCACGAUGCUCAGAGGGCUUAAGGAAAGGCUUGAGGCGUACCAUGGGGUCAAGAUAGCUGACAGUGCUCUUGUGUAUGCUGCAAACUCAUCAAAGAAAUACAUUUCGAACAGAAGGCUUCCUGAUGUGGCAAUUGAUCUGAUAGAUACGGCCUGUGCGAGCGCGGUGAUAGCGCUUGAGAGCGAGCCUCAAGAGAUCCUGAAUGCAAGGUCAAAGGCAUGGUCUCUUGAGCUUGAGAAGGCAAGUUUGGAGAUUGACCUUGCUCGGGAGAAGGACGAGCAAACGAUGAAAAGGCUUGAGAGUGUGUGUGAGAAGAUAGAGGAGGUGAAGAGAAGCAUAGAGCCCAUGGAGGAGGCGUAUCUGAAGGAAAAAAGACACAUAAUUGAGGCGAAGAAGCUAAAGAAGAGAUUGGAGGAUACCAAGCUAAGGCUUGCGCAAGCUGAGAGGGAAAGAGACACGUAUGUUGCAUAUGAUCUGAAGACCAAUGUGAUUCCUGUGAUUGAGAGUGAGCUUAAGAGGCUUGAGAGUGUUGAGGUGAUUCUUCCUGUCAAUGUUGCAGAGGUUAUAAGUCGAUGGACAGGGAUUCCGGUGAAGAGGCUAACCAUCAAGGAGAAUGAGAGGUUAAUGGAGAUGUCUUCGAGGAUAAAGGGGCGCAUAUUUGGGCAAGGCCAUGCUGUGGAUGCGAUUGUGGACUCCAUUUUACAGUCCAGAGUAGGCUUGAGCAGGGAGGAUAAGCCGAUUGGGGCUUUUCUUCUUCUUGGGCCCACCGGGGUUGGAAAGACGGAGCUUGCCAAGGCGGUUGCCAUGGAGCUGUUUGACGACGAGAAGAACAUGCUUGUUCUUGACAUGAGCGACUAUGGAAAUGAGAUGAGCAUAACAAAGCUGAUUGGGGCGUCUGCAGGGUAUGUAGGAUAUAACGAGGGAGGUGCGCUUACCGAGCCCAUUAAGAACAAGCCCUACAGCGUGAUUCUACUAGACGAGGUGGACCUAGCGCACCAGACUGUCCUGAAUGUGUUAUACCAGCUGCUGGACGAAGGGCGUGUCACUGAUGGAAAGGGAACUGUCGUGGAUUUCAGGAACUGCGUGCUGAUUAUGACGUCCAACCUUGGGCAGGAGAUAAUACUAAGGUCUUCUGAGCUUGGCGAAGACGAUAAGAAGGAGAUUGAGAGGUUGGUUCUGAACAGGUUUGGCCCUCCUCUUGUCAAUCGCAUUGACAAUGUGAUAUACUUCAACAAGCUUGAUAGAGAAAGCAUGUACAAGAUUCUUGAAUACCAGAUGUCGCAAUUAAAGAAAAAGCUCGAGGACAAAAACAUAUCAUUUGAGAUUUCCAACCGGGUGAAGGACGAUGUGAUUGAGAAGGUGCACUCCUCGACCUAUGGAGCUCGCCUGCUCAAGCGAUUCAUCCAGUCGAACUUUGUCCAUGCAUUAACAAAGAUUCUUCUGAUGAAGACGAAUGAGGAUCCUGUCAGGGUCAUGUGCACCCAUCCUUCUGAGGAGGCACAAGGGAUCUGUAUCUCUGACUACAUAUACUGUGUAACCCAGUAA